UGCGGCGUUAGACAACAAACCAAACCAACCAACCAAUGCUGGCUGUACCUCAGUUUUUUUUCUCCCCUUAUACAUACAGACAUGUCUUCUACCAUUUCAAAACAUUGUUAUUUUUGUUUGUGUUUCAUGGUUGUGUAUUUAUUUAAUUAUAACUUUCAAUAAUUUACUCUAUCAACCACAGUUGAUCCACAAAGUCUUGUGAAAUGUUGCAUAAUUUAAGAGAAAACGAUUUUUACCAUAAUACCCUUGUUAAAGUUUUCAAGUGUAUAUUCAAUGGUUAAUAUUGUUGAUGUUGGUUUCUAAGGCAAUAAUCAAAGACAAUAGACAUGUCACUACUACUUGUUUAUAGCAGGAAUACUGCUGGGUUAUGGUGGUGUACCAGGUACAUUGUCUGUCAUUCCAGUCAUCCACCAUCAAUUCUUAUGUCUCGCCUAAACCUUUUUAAUUAAUCUCUUCUGAUACCUGCUUAUUGGAAGCUGAAACCAUGCCCUGAUAAGCCAAUUAAUAGUGUCUCUAAAAUUAAGCAAUGGGAGCUAUAUUGAAAAUGUCACAUUUGUCCAAAAUUAUGUGUAUUUCAAGAUAAUGCCGAAAUUAUGUUUCUAUAUGGAUAUAUUUAGACCUCUUCUUUUUUUUACCUUAAUAUGACCUUUGACCUUCACAUACCACCCCUUAAACCUAGUUUUUGCAUUUUGGAUAUUUGGAAAGACAAAGGGAUUCGGUACCAGGUCACCACGUAUGCGCCAUCUCCCUGAUGACACAUUUGUAGUUUUAUAUUUGGUUACAUGUGAUCCGAGACUCACCCAAUCAGCUGUGUAUCAAAUUAGGAUUUCUGUUGUUCUUUUUUUUCUUCUUUUUUUUGUUGUUUAAUGCUUCACUCAGCAGUAUUCCAGCUAUAUGAUGGCUAUCUGAAAAUAUUCGAGUCUGGACCAGACAAUCUCGUGAUUGAUGAGCAUAUCUGUUGUGUAGCAACAUCUCUUACGUCUCUCUUCAUCUACAAAAUGUUGCAAAUCGUCAAGAACAAUUUAAGUGAGCUGCAGUACCUAUGGCUGCAUCUUUUCAGCAUGAAAUGUAAAUAAUAGAUUAAGGAAGAGAAUUUAUGGAUGUCAACUUUAUCACACGAGUUAUCAUUGGCUGGAAGUGUUGAUACAUGAUCAUGAAAUGAAAAAAAUCCACUAGAACAGUGAAAUGAAUGCCAUGAGGCAGUGACAGCAUAUGAUAUGGAGGUUACAGUAUGCUCUCUGCCUCACAGCAUUCAUUCACCUGAUGAAGGAGGAAGCAUAUAUUCCGAAAUGAUGUGUUCCUCAAUAAAGAAGUCGACAUCCAUAAAUCUCUUCCUUGUGUGUAUCACUUCUAAAUACUUUCAAAGACUAAAUAAUAGCAUGCAUGGACAUUAGUAUGCAGCCGAUGUGAAAUGUGGGUCAUGGAAACACCUGCCCACACACUAUAUCACCUGAGACAUGACUACAUCGCAAUCUGAUCUCUAGGUCAAACACUUCAUACAGCUCUGUCCUGCAUUGUUCCUGGACUUACAGUUCAGGGUUAUCAUUGGCUGAAAGUGGUGAUACAUGAUCACGAAAUGAAAAGAAUGCACCAGAACAGUGAAAGGAACAGUGUCGCUCACUCAGGCUAUAUGAUCCUUUUAUGUCAGGGUUAAGAAAAAAUGUUUCCUUCUCAAGGUUUUUCAAGGUGGAGGUUAGAGUAUGUCAGUUAUGUCGCAGUGGGGCAGUGUAGGAGGGAAGACCCAAGGUGAUGGGGGUUACAGUAUGUCAGUUAUGUCACAGUGGGGCAGUGUAGGAGGGAAGACCCAAGGUGAUGGAGGUUACAGUAUGUAUGUUAUGUCACAGUGUGGCAGUGUAGGAGGGAAGACCCAAGGUGAUGGAGGUUACAGAAUGUCAGUUAUGUCGCAGUGGGGCAGUGCAGGAGGGAAGACCCAAGGUGAUGGGGGUUACAGUAUGUCCGUUAUGUCACAGUGUGGCAGUGUAGGAGGGAAGACCCAAGGUGAUGGAGGUUACAGUAUGUCAGUUAUGUCGCAGUGUGGCAGUGCAGGAGGGAAGACCCAAGGUGAUGGAGGUUACAGUAUGUCAGUUAUGUCGCAGUGUGGCAGUGUAGGAGGGAAGACCCAAGGUGAUGGAGGUUACAGUAUGUCAGUUAUGUCACAGCGGGGCAGGGUAGGAGGGAAGACCCAAGGUGAUGGAGGUGACAGUAUGUCAGUUAUGUCACAGCGGGGCAGGGUAGGAGGGAAGACCCAAGGUGAUGGGGGUUACAGUAUGUCAGUUAUGUCACAGUGUGGCAGUGUAGGAGGGAAGACCCAAGGUGAUGGAGGUUACAGUAUGUCAGUUAUGUCACAGUGUGGCAGUGCAGGAGGGAAGACCCAAGGUGAUGGAGGUUACAGUAUGUCAGUUAUGUCACAGUGGGGCAGUGUAGGAGGGAAGACCCAAGGUGAUGGAGGUUACAGUAUGUCAGUUAUGUCACAGUGGGGCAGGGUAGGAGGGAAGACCCAAGGUGAUGGAGGUUACAGUAUGUCAGUUAUGUCUCAGUGGGGCAGGGUAGGAGGGAAGACCCAAGGUGAUGGAGGUUACAGUAUGUCAGUUAUGUCACAGUGUGGCAGGGCAGGAGGGAAGACCCAAGGUGAUGGAGGUUACAGUAUGUCAGUUAUGUCACAGUGUGGCAGUGCAGGAGGGAAGACCCAAGGUGAUGGAGGUUACAGUAUGUCAGUUAUGUCACAGUGGGGCAGUGUAGGAGGGAAGACCCAAGGUGAUGGAGGUUACAGUAUGUCAGUUAUGUCAGUGUGGCAGUGGGGCAGUGUAGGAGGGAAGACCCAAGGUGAUGGGGGUUACAGUAUGUCAGUUAUGUCGCAGUGGGGCAGUGUAGGAGGGAAGACGCAAGGUGAUGGGGGUUACAGUAUGUCAGUUAUGUCGCAGUGGGGCAGUGUAGGAGGGAAGACCCAAGGUGAUGGAGGUUACAGUAUGUCAGUUAUGUCACAGUGUGGCAGUGUAGGAGGGAAGACCCAAGGUGAUGGGGGUUACAGUAUGUCCGUUAUGUCGCAGUGGGGCAGGGUAGGAGGGAAGACCCAAGGUGAUGGAGGUUACAGUAUGUCAGUUAUGUCACAGUGGGGCAGUGUAGGAGGGAAGACCCAAGGUGAUGGAGGUUACAGUAUGUCAGUUAUGUCACAGUGUGGCAGUGUAGGAGGGAAGACCCAAGGUGAUGGGGGUUACAGUAUGUCCGUUAUGUCGCAGUGGGGCAGUGUAGGAGGGAAGACCCAAGGUGAUGGAGGUUACAGUAUGUCAGUUAUGUCGCAGUGUGGCAGUGUAGGAAGGAAGACCCAAGGUGAUGGAGGUUACAGUAUGUCCGUUAUGUCGCAGUGUGGCAGUGUAGGAGGGAAGACCCAAGGUGAUGGAGGUUACAGUAUGUCCGUUAUGUCACAGUGGGGCAGUGUAGGAGGGAAGACCCAAGGUGAUGGAGGUUACAGUAUGUCCGUUAUGUCGCAGUGUGGCAGUGUAGGAGGGAAGACCCAAGGUGAUGGAGGUUACAGUAUGUCAGUUAUGUCGCAGUGGGGCAGUGUAGGAGGGAAGACCCAAGGUGAUGGAGGUUACAGUAUAUUAAUUGCGGAGCAGUGUGGCAGUGUAGGAGGGAAGACCCAAGGUGAUGGAGGUUACAGUAUGUCAGUUAUGUCACAGUGUGUCAGUGUAGGAGGGAAGACCCAAGGUGAUGGAGGUUACAGUAUGUCCGUUAUGUCGCAGUGUGGCAGUGUAGGAGGGAAGACUCAAGGUGAUGGAGGUUACAGUAUAUUAAUUGCGGAGCAGUGUGGCAGUGUAGGAGGGAAGACCCAAGGUGAUGGAGGUUACAGUAUAUUAAUUGCGGAGCAGUGUGGCAGUGUAGGAGGGAAGACCCAAGGUGAUGGAGGUUACAGUAUAUUAAUUGCGGAGCAGUGUGGCAGUGUAGGAGGGAAGACCCAAGGUGAUGGAGGUUACAGUAUAUUAAUUGCGGAGCAGUGUGGCAGUGUAGGAGGGAAGACCCAAGGUGAUGGAGGUUACAGUAUAUUAAUUGCGGAGCAGUGUGGCAGUGUAGGAGGGAAGACCCAAGGUGAUGGAGGUUACAGUAUGUCAGUUAUGUGGCAGUUUGGCAAUGUAGGAGGGAAGACCCAAGGUGAUGGAGGUACAGUAUGUCCGUUAUGUUGCAGUGUGGCAGUGUAGGAGGGAAGACCCAAGGUGAUGGAGGUUACAGUAUAUUAGUUGCGGAGCAGUGUGGCAGUGUAUGAGAGAAGACCAAAGGUCUCCGUGAAAACAUACAUGUUAUGAUGGGUUGCCUACCAUAUUAACAUGUGGAUGUUAUUUUUAAAGGAAAAUUAAGCAUGGUUUACAUAUCAUGUUUGUGAUAUUUGGGGUAGGGUUGUAGCUCACUGACAACAAUAUGCACAUCCUAGUCCUUUGCUCUUCCAAAUAUUUCAAUGCACGCCAAGGGGCUGUAGGACAUGUCCUUUUACCUGUCAAGAUCUUCAGCAACUCAUGCUUGCUGUACAAGGUGACAAUGCUUGACGCAAGAGGCAACUAAUGGGAUGGGGAGGUCAGACUCGCUGACUUGGUUGAUGUAUGUCAUGGUAUCUCAGUUGUGUGGAUCGAUGCUCACGAUGUCAAUCACUGGAUUGUCUUGUACAGCUGACAUAUAAUGGAUAUAUUGCUGAGUGUGGCGUAAAACAAACAAACAAACAAACAAACAAACAACGUGUGGUUGUGACCUUUGCUACGCAAAUCGAGUAAAUUGUUGAUGUGAAAUCCUUCUGAGUGACAUUCAUUGGAACAUCUGUGUAUAUCUGAAGAGUCGUCCUAGUCACCGUCCAGAUUAAAGAGGUCCCACAGUGUAUGUUUCAGGGAUAUAAAGAGAGUCCUUGGACAAAGCAACUAAACGUCUUGACACAUUGCUGUGCUGGUGAAUACUUGCCAUGUUUGCUGUCUCUGCCUGACUACUAUAUAAGUGUAUACUGCACAGUUGUGCUGGUGAAUACGUGCCAUGUGUGCUGUCUCUGCCUGAUAACUAUAUAAGUGUAUACUGCACAGUUGUGCUGGUGAAUACGUGCCAUGUGUGCUGUCUCUGCCUGACUACUAUAUAAGUGUAUACUGCACAGUUGUGCUGGUGAAUACGUGCCAUGUGUGCUGUCUCUGCCUGACUACUAUAUAAGUGUAUACUGCACAGUUGUGCUUCAGUUGGGCAGUAUCCACACUAGAUGUUUUAGAUGUGUUCAGCUUUAUGCAAGUUUUAUGUCACAAAUUUUAAAUGUAUGAAUGCCGACGUUUAUCAUUUUACAAUUGGCUCAGUCUGUUAUAUGUGUUCCCCUCCCUGUAACAGUGAGAGUGUUAAUACCAGUCAUAUGUAUUUGUCUGACCCUGAUAUAUAAUUGUCUGACCCUGAUAUAUAAUUGUCUGACACUGUUAUAUAAUUGUCUGACACUGAUAUAUAAUUGACUGACACUGAUAUAUAUGUCUGACCUGAUACAUAAUUGUCUGACACUGAUAUAUAAUUGUCUGACACUGAUAUAUAACUGUCUGACACUGAUAUAUGUGUCUGACACUGAUAUAUAUGUCUGACCUGAUACAUAAUUGUCUGACCCUGAUAUAUAAUUGUCUGACCUGAUAUAUAAUUGUCUGACCUGCUACAUAAUUGUCUGACACAGAUAUAUAAUUGUCUGACCCUGAUAUAUAAUUGUCUGACCUGAUACAUAAUUGUCUGACCUGAUAUAUAAUUGUCUGACACUGAUAUAUAUGUGUCUGACCUGAUACAUAAUUGUCUGACACUGAUAUAUAUGUCUGACACAGAUACACCAUGUGAGCAUGAGUCAAAUUGCUAUGUUUGUACUUUCUUGUUCAUUCAUAUGAGUUCUGAUAUACACGUGUUGUGGCAAUUUUGAUACAUCAUACUGAUGCAUAUACAUUCAUUCACCUGGUUGUCAUUGUGAAGCAUAUCCAAUUAACCCUUCAUGUUCCACUGUAAGGAUUAAGAAAAGAUUGCAACUAUAUGUAUCAGUUAUAUGAAACAGUCAAGCAGGUUGCGUUCCAUCCUUAUUGGUGCUAAUGGUUCUGGGACUAUUUUAGAUAUUUUUACACAUUUCUGAAUGCCUGCAAGGUUGUUUUUGACAGGAUACCUCAUGUGAUACAGUUACGUAACACAUGUGCCGGAGUUUAUUGAUACCUGAUACUCCCGUGAAUUUAUCUUUUGAUUAUAUACUGGCCUGUUUAUGUUAAAGUUUGAUUAUAUCAAUUAUGAAAACCGUUUACUCUAGCUAAUAAACUUGAUAUGAAAUAUG